CUUCGACACCGAAUCUCCGAUCUGCGAUAUCGCUCCGCCUCAACGCUCUGCACUCGAUCGAUCGCUUCACCAGCUUUUUCUUCCGUGCCUGAUGGCGAGCAGUCCGACACCGGCGGAACACAAGACAAUUUGCAUUUAGGAGACCACCUGCUAUAUAUUAAACCGAACAUUCCGUUUUCGCCUUCUGCAUUGGUAUUAAACAACGCUGCGCCAGUAUAUGCAGACUUCGACCACACGCGCACAUUGAUAACCCUCUGAAUCAGAGACCAGGAAGAUGGCACAGCAUGGAUUUUCGAUGAACGGCCAUGGUGCCAUCGACCCAAACGAUCUGGCCAUGGCAGGCAACUAUCAGCCAUCUUUUCAGCACGGCUUCAACCCCGCCAAUUCGUCCAACACUUUCUCGAGUGGCUCGGCGUUGUUUGGAGACGAUGAGCUUCGUGACGGGCUAAACGGCUCAAUAGACACCGGCAUGCAGGAUUUUGAUAACAGCAUGGGUGACAUGAACAUCAGUUAUUCCCAUGGGGUUUACGGGUCACAUCACGGGCUGCCGAUGGAUCAGCGCGCCCUGAACGGGUAUUCCAGCACACCAGAUGGCGAUCCCAUCCAAAGCCCGUUCGCGUCCAACUUUGGGCGCUACCAACAGAUUCAGCACGCACAUUCUUUGGGCGGCCUCAAGUCGCCGCUAUCGUACGCGGGCUCUCCCCUUGCCGCUUCGGAUCUGAACGACAACGCGCCCGAUCCGAACUUUCUCAACGCCCAGGCACAGGCUCGUGCGCACCUUGCCGGGAACAUGCAACGCAAGCCAUCGAGCACCAGAGGCUCUCUUACUCCCAAGACUGCGGCCAUGGUUGGGCUGUCGGUAAAUGCCGACUCGGGCUUACCGAUCAGGACAACCGGCCCACAUCACGAGAAAUCGCACUCUGGACAGUGGAUUCAGACGCCCAACAGCAUGUCAUCAUUCCCUGGCUCGGGCUUUUCGUCACCCCUCCAGGCAGGCCUCCAAAGCAACCAAAUCAACGAUAUGAUCUUGAAAGGUGGCGUUUCGAUGCCUGCCAAGCUCGGCACACCGUCCUCUGCUGCGACAUCUCAGGAAGCGAGGCGAAAGCGCCGGCGUGAGUCACACAACCUUGUUGAGCGCCGUAGGCGCGACAACAUCAAUGAGCGCAUCCAAGAUCUCAGCAAGCUUGUGCCAUUGCAUCGUCUCGAGGACGAGAAGAUCAAGAAGGCGAUCCAAAACGGCACGCCGUUAUCGCCAACACUUUCUGGCAUCGGAGCGCCUUCGCAAGCAACCUCGGCUCUUGCCGGUCCAGGUGCCCGACGGGCUGCGGGCGGAAGCACAGGCAACAUCACAACAGGUUUGCCAGUGGAGGAGAAGGACAAGGGGCCCAACAAGGGCGACAUACUUAACGGUGCCGUGAGCUGGACACGGGAUCUGAUGUGGAUGCUUAAAGUCAAGCUACAGCAGCAAGAAGAGCUUGUCAACGCUCUGUAUGAGCGGGGCGGCCAGUUGCCUUUCGAGAUUACGGACGACGAAAGGCGGAUGCAAAGUGAGCUCUUGGACGCCAUCAACCGGAUCGACGAGGCGACGGGACAGCCAAAAUCUUUUUCGUACUCGCGCACUGCGGGUUCCGGCCUUCGAGUGCCGCACCACACCGACUACAAGGGCGAGCCUCUCAAUGGCAACGGUAACGGAAUGGAUCAUGGCUCCCUUAGCCCUGACGACGGCGCUGAACCAUUGAGCCUAGAUCAUGGUGAUUUGGUCCGCUUCGACGACGACGUCGACGUGUUCAAUGAGGCGGACGAGUACGGCAUGGACGAGGAUUAGGGGCUUCGUCCAUCCGAUGGCGUCAGGGACAUCUCUUCUUCUUCCCUCUUGUCCUAUCUACUCCCUCUCCGGACCCCUUUCAUAG